CCAACCAAACAUGAGCUUCGCUUCAGCUAAAAACAUCUCCAUCGUCAUCCUGGAGAAAGUUGAGAGAAUCAUCCAACAAACUAUACCAGAAAGUGGUUGCAGAAUACAUGCUUGGCUCACUCAAGUUUGUAAAAACAUAUUUUGAGACCAUCUCUGAAGCAAGUGGACAAGACAACCUGAAUCAGAUAAUUUUCAAUGAAAUGAAGACGCUGCAGAGCCUCCUGUCACAGCAAUCCCCAGUCCAGCCCUACAUUUCUGCCCUCAUUAACAUCACUCAGGUUAUCUUGGAGUCUGGCCAAGGUAAAAUGAACCUCUGGGCAGGCUUUGAAAAUGCAUCAGCAGACAAUGCACAACAAAUCGUUCAGCAGUUGGGCAAACUUGUGAGCAUGUUUUGGCCACUGGUUGCGGAUGGCACUGGCUCACAUAUGACUGCUCCAAAUCUGGAGGCUUUUACUCAACUUGUUCCAGUCCUGGAGACCAUAUUAACCGGGAAUGCAGACCAAGACACAUGGAACAAGCUUGAACAGGUGCUGGGAACCCUGUUGUCCACCCUUGAAGGAACAGAGUUAUUGGACAAUUUAACAUCUGUUAUCCCACAGUUUGAAAAAAUGGUUGGAACUUUAGUGGAGAACAUCCAAGCAGGAAAUGUGAUGAUACAAAGCCUUCAAAUCCCCAUCCUGAACCUGAUGAGAGAAACUGCACAGUCUUUGAACAACACUCAUUACAAUUUUUCUGAAGUCCUGGAAAAAUUUCAGGUUGCCAUUGAAAGCACAGUGCAGGCCGCUCAGCAGGCUAAUGGCACCUUGGAGUGCAGUGAAGUUCUCAAAGUGUGGGAGACAUUCAGUGAGGCAGCAGGGUUAAGCCCUAACACCAUGGCUGUGUGGUGCAACAUCAGCCUGCAGCCUGUUUUGGAGGCCUAUGCUUCCGCACAGAAUCUCUACUCCCAAAUGAACAUGAGUCAGAUGAUCAUGGGACCAACCAAUGUGAGCAACACAGCUGCUAGGAUUGUAGAAACUGCAAAGUCACUCUACCAAGUCAACAUUAACAACAUACUUGUGAUAAACCAGUUGGUCAUGAAUUUCUCCAACCACCUCUCAAUGCUGGUAGAGCAGUCUAUGAGCCCUGAGGCACAGCUUUACUGGCAAAACCAGCUCCAAGACAUGCAGUUGCAAAACAGUUUGUCUUCCAUCAAAAUGCUCUCAGAUGAAUUGCAUAAUGUGGCCCCGGCCCUGCAGCCCUACAUGGAAGCUCUUGUGAAUGCUACAGGCUACAUCCUGGACAACUAUCAACUACUUCAACAGAGCACAUCAGCCGAGGAACUCCUCAAAGAAGCAGCAAUGCGCUUCCUUUCCUCUGCAAACAUGUCCUCUUAUGAUAUCUUCUCCACGACGGCAGGGAACACGACUGCAUCUCUUUAUGACUUGACAACAGAAAUGAUCAGACGGAUGAUUAACAUUAAGGCAUUUGGUGAUGAUCCUAUGAUUUACCAAGUCUUGGAGGAAUUUUUGAGAUCCAGUGACACAAACUUGAUAGCAGAGAAGGUGGCCGAGUUGUCUAUGUGGUUAAACUCCACCGAAGCAUCUGGGAUAGAUCUGCUGAGUGAGGCUCUGUUCAGAUCCUAUGACAUUGUAAGAAGUUUGUCUUCCAUCAAAAUGCUCUCAGAUGAAUUGCAUAAUGUGGCCCCGGCCUUGCAGCCCUACAUGGAAGCUCUUGUGAAUGCUACAGGCUACAUCCUGGACAACUAUCAACUACUUCAACAGAGCACAUCAGCUGAGGAGCUCCUCAAAGAAGCAGCAAUGCGCUUCCUUUCCUCUGCAAACAUGUCCUCUUAUGAUAUCUUCUCCACGACGGCAGGGAACACGACUGCAUCUCUUUACGACUUGACAACAGAAAUGAUCAGACAGAUGAUUAACAUUAAGGCAUUUGGUGAUGAUCCUAUGAUUUACCAAGUCUUGGAGGAAUUUUUGAGAUCCAAUGACACAAACUUGAUAGCAGAGAAGGUGGCCGAGUUGUCUAUGUGGUUAAACUCCACCGAAGCAUCUGGGAUAGAUCUGCUGAGUGAGGCUCUGUUCAGAUCCUAUGACAUCGUAAGAAGUUUGUCUUCCAUCAAAAUGCUCUCAGAUGAAUUGCAUAAUGUGGCCCCGGCCUUGCAGCCCUACAUGGAAGCUCUUGUGAAUGCUACAGGCUACAUCCUGGACAACUAUCAACUACUUCAACAGAGCACAUCAGCUGAGGAGCUCCUCAAAGAAGCAGCAAUGCACUUCCUUUCCUCUGCAAACAUGUCCUCUUAUGAUAUCUUCUCCACGACGGCAGGGAGCACGACUGCAUCUCUUUACGACUUGACAACAGAAAUGAUCAGACUGAUGAUUAACAUUAAGGCAUUUGGUGAUGAUCCUAUGAUUUACCAAGUCUUGGAGGAAUUUUUGAGAUCCAAUGACACAAACUUGAUAGCAGAGAAGGUGGCCGAGUUGUCUAUGUGGUUAAACUCCACCGAAGCAUCUGGGCUAGAUCUGCUGAGUGAGGCUCUGUUCAGAUCCUAUGACAUCGUAAGGCCUGUCUUGUCUGCCCUGGCCAAGAUGAACACAGACAUGCAAGCAACUGUAGAGCUCCUGGAAGACUUAGUAGGAAACUCCAUUGCUAUGUUUAGGCAGUUGGUAAGCACCGGUAAUGUUCCAGACCCAAUGGUCCAAUAUUUGAGUGACUCAGAAAUGACAGACGGUUACCACACACAUUUGGUCAGACGCAGACGUGAUGCCUCAUCAAUGAUGACAGACCCGAUGAAUGACUUCAUAGACCUGUUCUACAUUGACUACCCAACCAUGUUCAAAGCUAUGGCUGUCCCUCCUACAACACCAGAAAUUAUGGAAACAGCCCAUGUGUUCUUUGCCAAUCCCGAUUUGAGCAUUGUGAUGAAGGGAGCUACAAGUGGCAUGCAGUGGGGCUUGAAUGCCUCUCAAGAAGAGACCGUUGAUGCUGCACUUGGGGUACUCUCCUUCCUCACUCUCCCUGACGUCUUUGAAAAGUCAUCAAUGGAUCUCCUGAAGAAUGCUGUGGAUAUGCUUCCUGAUGCCUUACCAUACUCCUCUGUGAUUAAAAAUUUCACCAGAGCACUAGCCAAUGAAUCUCAAGAGAACAUGAUGCUCGUGCAGCAGAUCAUCCGAACAGCUGGUCAGCUUUUCCAGAUCCUCCCAACAGACCCACAGUUUAAAGAAAAUCUAGACCUCCUGAGAUUCCUGGUGUGUAUGUUAGAGGAUACAGAGACUGUACACCUCCUGAUGCAGAGCCUCAACAUAGAGUCCGGUCAGCUUUGUAACACUUUCCUGCCCAGCCUAGAGGUCAUAGUUGAGGGUCUGGUGAUGAACACAACGUCUCUGGUUGAUAUCUUCUAUCAAACUGUAAUCGGGGACCCCAGGAGCUACAAUGUCCACACAGACUGGUCUGCUGUGCUGAGCCAAACUCUGGGCUUUAACAUCAGCAGCGUGAGCUCUCUCAACAUUAACAGCACUUCCUCAAGAGUGAUGACAUUUGGUGAGAUGCUGAAGAAUAAAACAGACUUUGUUCUGGACGUGCAGCAGUACAUGGAUUUGGAUCCAGCAACUCUUGACCUCCUAAUGAACAGCACGCUCCCUAACAACAAUCUAGUGAUCCUGUCCUGGCUGUUGAACCUGCGUCACUGCCCCUCCACACCACUCGCAAACAUGGAAGAGGCUGAUCUGAUGAAUACCUUCUGCUCUCUGUCUGUUGAACAGUGGUACACAUUGUCACUGCUGAUGACUCAACAUCUAAACAUUGAACAAGUGUUAUACAAAAUGGUUUUGUCUGACGACAUACAGACUGUGGUGGGAAUCAUGGUUUGGGUGGCUGAGGCUAUAACAGACAUGAUGGACAAGAUGCUUCCUGCCAUUAACCAACUGCAAAUCUACCUGAACAACAUCAAAAACCUCAACCAUUUUAGAACCAAGUGACCACACCCAGUGAGGCAGCGGAGGUCCGCCACUUCCAGCGCAGGAUCAUUCGUUACCCUUUCUCGAGCGCUGUGCAGCAAUGGUAUCAAGGCUCUUUUUGGAAUUUCCAAGCUGCCCCUCGUCUCAGAGUCGGACCCUUCCAUUACAGACAACCCACAGAGGGAGGAGAUGAUUGAGAGGUUCAAGAUACCACGGAAUGCCACUCCCUUCUGUAUGAACAUGUACCUGGACAUGGUCAACACCACAGGAGGAGCUAUUGCCUGGGCCUUCCUCAAGCCAAUGCUGAUGGGACAAAUCCUGUACACACCUGAUACACCCAGCACACGUGCCAUAAUAGAGAGGGCCAAUGCCACCUUGCAAGAUUUUGCAAAUGUAAGGCAAUAUUCAGAAGACUGGAUAAAAUCCUCCAAGUACCUCUUUACGUCUGCGAACAAACUCAAAAAGACUUUGCCAAUGCUGCAGAAUUCCCUUGGCAAUCCCUUUGUGAAGAACUUCAUUCAGAGGCUGACAGGCAUCAAUGUAGACAGAAUGCAGGAGACACUCAGCAGCUUCUCUAACAUGACACUGAUGCUGGAGAAGAACAAAGAGAUAGUGGAUCACAUCAACACCUUAUCCACCUUGAUGGUUGACAUCUCUUCCUGUAUCAAGUUUGACCGAUACCGUGGCUUUGACUCUGCCGACGAGCUCAACAGUGCAGCGCAGGAACUUGCCAAAAACCGUGAUCUCUAUGGAAGUGUGAUCUUCAAGCUUCCCAAAGAUGCAGACUCAUCCAGAAACAAGCGUGAGGCCACAACCUCUCUGCCUCCCGAAGUCAGCUACACUAUCCGCAUGCAUAUGGACAAUGUAAUGCGUACUGACAGAGCCCGGAACGGGUUUUUUGUCAAGGAGUCGUACAUCUCAGCCAGACAGACAAUGCGCUACAACCGGGGAUUCAUCUACCUACAGGAGAGCAUCGACCGAGCUAUCAUUGAGACGCAGACGGGACAGAAAGCCAAAGAGACAGCCGUGCAGCUGCAGCCAUUCCCCUAUCCGUGCUAUCACCGGGAUGAGUACCUGGAGGCCAUCUCUUUUGUCUUCCCUCUUAUGCUGAUGGUAGCCUGGGUGUUGUUUAUUGCUGAUUUCGUGAAGAAACUUGUGCACGAGAGAGAACUGAGGCUGCAUGAGUACAUGAAAAUGAUGGGAGUCAACACACUCAGUCACUUCUUUGCCUGGUUCGUGGAGUGUUUUAUCUACCUGCUGGUGACCAUCAUCAUCAUGACACUGGUGCUGAAGCACGGCAAGAUCCUGCCCAACAGUGACAGUUUCCUCAUUUUCCUGUACCUGUGUGACUAUGGCUUGAGCAUCUUAGCCUUCAGUUAUCUUGUCAGCUCCUUCUUUGACAAAACCUACAUCGCCGGCCUGAGUGGCAGCCUGCUUUACAUCCUCUGCUUCUUCCCCUUCAUCAUCGUCACCGCACUGGAGGGCAGUCUAACGCUCAUCCAGAAGAGUGCCUUGGGAUUGUUUUCCCCGACCUGUUUUAGUUACGCCAGUCAAUACAUGUCUCGCUACGAGGCCCAAGGAGAAGGAAUUCAAUGGAGCAACUCAUACUCCUCGCCCAUUGCUGGAGACACAGCCUCGUUCGGUUGGCUGUGCUGGCUGAUGCUCAUCGACUCUAUCCUCUACUUCACCAUUGGGGCUUACAUUCGCACAGUGUUUCCAGGAAAAUAUGGCAUCCCUGCUCCGUGGUACUUCCCAUUCAAACUCUCCUUCUGGGCUGACCUGUGCUGUGUUCGACCAAAGAAGAAUACGGCCAAAGGACUUCUCUUCUCAAACAUCAUGCAGAAUGACCAGCUUGCCUUCUCCAACAACAAGGGAAAAGGAAAGAGCGCUCUUUCCACCAAGACUGGGGAAGACUUCUCAGAGCUCCCAGUUGGCGUUGCUCUCCAUGGUCUCACCAAGACCUAUGGUGACCAAGCGGCUAUUCAAAACCUUAAUGUUUCUUUCUAUGAAGGCCACGUCACCUCACUGCUCGGUCACAAUGGAGCUGGAAAGACUACCACCAUGUCUCUUCUUACUGGGCUUUUUGCCCCGUCUUCGGGAACCAUAGAGGUUUACGGUAGAGACAUGCAGACAAACAUUGAGAACGUUCGCAGGGAGCUUGGAGUCUGCAUGCAGUAUGACGUCCUGUUUGAUCACAUGACCACCAAGGAGCACCUGCUGCUGUAUGGACAGAUCAAGGCCCCACAUUGGUCAGACAGAGAACUACAUGAACAAGUCCGCACGAUCCUAGAGGACACGGGGAUGUAUGCUCACAGACACAAGCGGGUGGGCACCCUAUCAGGCGGCAUGAAGCGCAAGCUGUCAAUCUCCAUCGCCUUCAUAGGGGGCUCUCGUGUGGUGGUUCUGGAUGAACCCACUACAGGAGUCGAUCCCUGCUCCAGGCGCAACAUCUGGGACAUUGUAAUCCAGCACAAGAAAAACCGCACAAUCAUCAUGUCCACCCACCACCUGGACGAAGCAGAAGUGCUGAGUGACCGCAUCGCCUUCCUGGAGAAAGGAGGAUUAAAAUGCUGUGGAUCCCCAUUCUACUUGAAAGAAAAGCUAGGCCAAGGCUACAAACUCACCCUCACCAAAAAGGUGCAAAAAACAGAAGAUAAACAGAUUGACAGCGCUGAAGUUAAAGCCUUUGUCCAAGCCCAUGUACCUGAAGCACGACUGAAAGAAGCCCAGGGCAAUGAUUUGGUCUACUCACUGCCACCCUUCAACUCAUCCAACGCCUCUUCAUACCGCUCUCUGCUUACCGCACUGGACUCCAAUCUGGAUGCUCUACAGUUGGGGGGCUAUGGUAUCUCUGACACCACACUAGAGGAGGUGUUCCUCCAACUGACUCAUGGACAGACAGAAGCUAAAGCUGAGGAUGGCCUCCCAUCUAUAUCAGAGACGGUUUCCGACACUAUAUCCAUCGACAGCUUGUCUUUAGACGACAGUGACAGCAGCACAAGCUUCAGCGACAGGAUCAAACUUACCAGUUCAUCCACAGUGACCGGCAUGGCUCUGGCCUGGCAGCAAAUGUCAGCUAUCCUGAUCAAGAGAUUCCACCACAGCCGCAGAGACUGGAAGGGCCUGAUUUCCCAAAUCCUGCUUCCUGUUCUGUUUGUAGUGUUUGCUAUGAGCCUGGGGUCUAUCAAAAGCGACGUGCAGCACUAUCCUGAGCUACAGCUCAGCCCUGCGCUCUACAAAAUCGGACCAAGCUACUCCUUCUUCAGCAACCAGAAUCCCAACUCGCAGCGUCUGGCAGACACCAUGAUGUCAUUCCCUGGGAUGGACACCACCUGCCUUGACAAGCCUGAUAACCUCGACUGCACAAGAAACACAAACAAGUGGAGCUCCAGUGGAAACAGCUCGAAAGGAUUCAGCAUCUGCAAAUGCACUCAGAAAGAACAGAUUUGCGACAAAGACAACUACCAGCCCCCCCAUACGGAGAUCCCCUCAUCUCAGAUUGUUUAUGAUCUGAAUGGCAUCAAUGUGGAGAACUACCUAGUUUCUACAGCCAAUGACUUCAUAAGGAACAGGUACGGUGGUUUUGCUUUUGGCAUGCCACUCCCAGCGGACUUAAAAAUGGACAUCACAGCUGUGCCGGAAAACCGUACGCUGUCUAAGGUCUGGUUCAACCCGGAGGGUCACCACACAAUGCCAGCAUACUUAAACAGCCUCAACAACUUCAUCCUACGCGCCAAUCUGCCAGCAGACAAGGAUCCACGCAAAUAUGCCAUUUCAGUUUACAGCCAACCCUAUUUUGGACGGGCGGAUGAUGAAGAUGUAGUUGUCCAGGGAUUGCUCCACCUCCUUGUGGCUAUGUGCGUGCUCACAGGCUUCUCAAUUACAACAGCCAGUUUUGCCAUCUAUGAGGUCACUGAGCACCAAAAAGGGUCCAAGAGGCUUCAGCACAUCGCUGGCAUCAGCGAGUCCUUCUACUGGAUUGUAAACUUCAUCUAUGACAUGGUCAUCUAUUUGGUCCCUGUAGCUGCGACCGUUGCUGUGAUUGCUGCCUUCCAGAUACCAGCAUUUACAGAACGCCAAAAUUUGGGUGCCGUCACUCUCCUCCUGGUGCUCUUUGGGUUUUCCACCUUCCCAUGGAUGUAUCUGUUUGCCGGGAUCUUCAGGGAUGCAGAGAUGGCCUUUAUCAGCUACGUGUGCAUCAACCUCUUCAUCAGUGUCAACACCAUCUUGACCACCUGCAUCCUCUACUUUCUGGGUCAAAUAUCAAUGCACAAUCCUGAGGCAAUCCAGGAAAUCUUCCAGAAGCUGAGCUACGCCUUCCUCAUCUUCCCCCAGUUCAGCUUUGGGAACGGACUGAUGGAACUGGCCAGAGGUGACAUAGAGGUCCAGAUUCUCAGUGGCUAUGGAGUCGAUGCCUACAAGAACCCAUUCUCCACAGAAGGUCUGGGAUGGAUGUUCAUCUCCUCCAUCAUCCAGGGCCUGGUCUUCUUCACGCUGCGCCUCUUGAUCAACAAAUCUCUAAUGCGCAAAGUCAGGCGUCUAAUUUGCUACAUCAAGACUGUGCCCCAGGCGGCUUAUGAUGAUGAUCAGGAUGAGGAUGUGGUGUCUGAGCAUCUCAGAGUGGCCAGUGGAGCAGCCAGCUCAGACAUACUGCAAGUCAACCGGCUCACAAAGAUCUAUCAACACCUCAGUAAGAAGGUCCACGCUGUCAAGAAUCUGUCUGUGGGCAUUCCUGCAGGAGAGUGCUUUGGCUUGCUGGGAGUGAACGGAGCAGGAAAAACUACCACCUUCAAGAUGCUGACUGGAGACGUUAGCCCCACUGAUGGCACUGCACAGAUCAAGGACUGGGAUGGACGUUUGGUAGACAUCAUGGAGUGCCGGAAACAGGGAAUUAACAUCGGCUACUGUCCUCAAGUGGAUGCACUGGAUGAUUUGCUCACUGGAGAAGAGCACUUGUACUUCUACGCUCGCAUACGUGGUGUCUCAAAGUGGGAGACAGAAAGGCUGGUGAACUACCUACUGAAGAGGCUGCAGCUCAACUACCACAGAAACAUCAUUACCGACGGUUACAGUUGUGGCACCCGCAGGAAGCUCUCUACAGCGCUGGCUCUCAUCGGGAAUCCACAAAUCCUUCUCCUGGAUGAGCCAAGCUCUGGCAUGGACCCUCGUACUAAGCGUCACCUAUGGAAAAUCAUCUCUGAGGAAGUGAAAGGAAAGUGCGCCGUGGUUCUCACAUCCCACAGCAUGGAGGAAUGUGAGGCACUGUGCAGCCGUCUUGCCAUCAUGGUGAAAGGUCAGUUCCGAUGCCUGGGCUCCCUGCAGCACAUUAAGAACAGGUUUGGCAGUGGGUUCACUGUGAAGAUGUACUUGGCUGAGGCCUCCUGUGACGUAGGGAAAAUCACUAGCUUCAUGCAGCGCAGAUUCCCCAGCACUUAUCUCAAGGACCAGCACUCGAAUGUGGUGGAGUACCACGUCCCAUUUGCUCCUGGAGGUUUGGCUGACAUCUUCGACCAGCUGGAGUCCAACAAGAAUGCUCUGCAGAUCAAGCACUUCUCUGUGAGCCAGACCACACUGGAUGAGGUCUUCAUCAAUUUUGCCAUGGGGAAGAUCGGCAUGGAAACCAUACCAAUUGACGCCGAAGAUGAAAAUGAAGUACAAGCAUAGAGCUGACUGCCAUCUUUAGUGUGUGUCCAUUCACACUAAAUCUGACCUUAAUAGUGUAGAAAAUGUGACUUAAAUGUUUGUGGGUUCUUUUUAGGAAUAUUAUUUUUUUUAGUCUCUUGACUGUGAAUAUGAAGGUUAAAUUACACUUUUUUCUUACCAAAUCAAACUAUUGAUGAAAAGCACAAGAAUACAUGGCCAUCUGCAAACAUGCGUAGAUGAGGUGGAUAAUUACUCUUCUACAUAACACUGUUUGCAUGUUCACUUUGAAUCAUUCAGGUCACAUUAUUUAGGAAGUUUAAUUUAAUUAUGUAGUCUGUUAAUUUCUCUCUGUGGCUAGGGUUCUUUUUACCUACCUACCUUUACCUAGAAUAUUAUACAAUAAAAAUAUUUAGAAUGAUUUUUACUUAAGGUCACUGGUGGCAAACCAUCACUAUACAAUAUCAUAAGAUACUCACCUAAUAAAUAUAUAACACAAACAAAAAGUAAUGUAUUUUUUUAUGUGAACUACAUAUAAUUCUGCUCCUGAGAUGAAAUUUGACAAAAGAAAAUAUUGACACUGAGAGCUUAAUAUGCACUUUCCCCUCACUCAUUAACACUUUCUCCAAGGGUAUAUGUAACUUCUGGAAUGACUGUACUGAAUAUUUAAUAGACUUUUUGCCUAUGGACCUGCUCCAUGUGGUAUUAACUGCAUCAAGCCUAUUUUUAUAAUUUAAUAAAGCUAUUUUUCAAGUGCA